AAAUCGUCAUUUCCGGUGCCUCUGUAUUUACAGGCGGGAAGGUGUACUAAAGAAACACCACAUAGUUGAUCAUUGUCCUGUUCGGUGACAAUGUCCCGCAUUUUGAACGGUAUCGUGGCCGUGUGUCCUGACCUGGGAAUUGGGAUGAAUGGAGACCUGCCCUGGCAUCCUGUUAGACUUGCUAACGAAUUCAAACACUUCCGACAGAUGACAGCGACUCCCUCUGUGAAAGGCAAGCAGAAUGUGGUGAUCAUGGGCAGGAAGACGUGGUUUUCCAUCCCUGAGAAGAACCGACCUCUGAACAACAGGAUCAACAUCGUCCUCAGCAGGCAGUGCAAAGUGCCCCCUGCAGGAGCACACUACCUGGCGGCAGACUUCAACUCAGCCCUCAGGUUGGUUGACACGGAGCUGGCAGACCAGGCUGACCAGGUCUGGGUUAUAGGAGGCAGUUCUCUGUACAAGGAGCUGAUGGAGAGCCCGGGGACCAGGAGACUGUUUGUCACACGAAUCCUGAAGCAGUUUGAAUGUGACACGUUCCUCCCUGAAAUCAGUCCAGACAAAUAUCACCUGCUACCAGAGUUUCCAGGAGUUCCACGAGAGCUGCAGGAGGAGAAUGGUAUCCAGUACAGGUUUGAAGUCUACGAGAGCACUGAGCAGUGAAGAGGAAAUAGCAAAAGAAACCAUCCUUGCAAUUGUGUAUAUAGGCCCCACAACGAUGUAAAUGCUGGAAGUGAUUUUUAAUAUGAUUUGUACAGUUGGCGGAUGUGUUAGUGAAACAUGAUCAUACAUGAUGCUUUGUUUCUGUGCAUCUGCCAGUUAUUUGUGAUGGAUAAACAUACAGUUCUUGAAUAAAAUCUUCAAGUUGUCUUUAAA